GCUGAGGUCGCGCCAUUGUACUCCAGCCUGGGCUACAGAGUGAGACUCCAUCUCAAAAAAAGAUGAGAAAUCCUUCUAGAAAGUAUGACAAAAAGCAAGAUAGAAAAUGGAAGGAAGCAGAUACCAAAAUUCAAAGAUAAUUCCAGUGGCCUCAGAAUGAGAAGACGAUGGUGGAGAGGAAGUUAUCCAGGAAAGUAAUGAUGUUCAAAGCUGGGUCUGCGGCCAGAGAGCCCCAUGCCCAGGAAGGGCCCUGCUGAGAAUGAAAGGGCUCCCCCCAGGGCAUGUCACUGUGGGUUUAGCCUCUGGGGACAGAGUGCCCUACACACCCUAAGGGCGGCAAGUGGGGCCCUGGCUUUUCAGCGGUGGUGCCAAGCCCAGGACAGACCCAGCCACGUGCCAGUCAAGUGAGGGAAAAGUCACAGGAAUGUUCUCUCCGGAACCCUUUUCUCGGGAAGGAGGAAGUUCACCAAACGGAGCAGGGAAGAGAGUCUUUUGGGAUUCAGGAAGCAAGGGUGUCUCAACGGCAGGGCGCUAGGGAGGGUCGCGGGGGCAAGAGGCUGGGUACGUUUACUCACACAGCGUGGCCCAGAGAGGCAGCUGAUGAGGCAGUGAGGUCCCGGGAGGCCAGGAGUGGUCCAGGGCCAGGGUCAGAGCUGCGGACUGACAAGGCCAGGGCCUCUCUGUCCACACAGGGGCCCGGGGCCCCUACUCUAGCCUCCAUGCUUGGCCACGGGCAGCGGAGGUGGGUGGGCGGUGAAGACCACGCACACAGGCCACCCGGGAUCCAGGUAUGGAGGAGGCAGUAGGUUCCUUGGGGGGCCUCCAAUCAAGCUGGGAGGCCACCGUGGAAGGCGUGAUGUGGAACCAGAGGAUCUGGACCCUGUUGGCUCGAGGUCCUGCAGCCACGGAAGGAGGGGGAUGUGUCUCAGCGACACUGGAACCUCAGAGGGCUGAGUGUGAGAGCCCCUGGGAUGGACCUCAGAGGUCUGGGUAUAAGAGCCUCUGGGAUAGACCCACUCAGGGAGCAGAGGCCCAUGGUCCGGCUGGGAAAUGACAGGUGGAAGUGAGGGACCCCUGGGGCGGUGGACAGUUUGGAGACCAAGUGCAGAGCUGCUCCUGGCAGCUCAGAGCCUGGGGCACAGGAGGGUGGUGUCCCAGGAAGGGAGCCCCACGCAGGCCCGGAGUGCACAGCAGGGUCUGGCUCCUGCGGGCAGGGUGGGCCCUGGCCUCCCCAGGCCCUGGACCAGCCCUGCCUCCUCCCAGUGCCCAUCAUCCUGCAGGCUGGACCCGGGCCCUGCCUUUUGGCCAGAUAGGUCCAGUUGCAUUCUGCCCCCAUCCUGCCCCCUGCCUGUUCCCGAGACCCUCCCCUCACCCCCUGCUGUGGGGCUGGCCUAGAGGCUGAGGACUCUGACUUGGAGUUUCCUCCGGCUCUAGAACUUCUGGAGGUUUAUAUUCCGGAAGAACCUGCCCUCCACUGCCCUCUGUCAGAUGGACUUUGCCGUCCUGGGCCUCGGGGACUCCUCAUAUGCCAAGUUCAACUUCGUGGCCAAGAAGCUGCACCGACGGCUACUGCAGCUUGGGGGCAGCGCCCUCCUGCCCGUGUGCCUGGGCGAUGACCAGCACGAGCUGGGGCCCGACGCUGCUGUGGACCCCUGGCUGCGAGACUUGUGGGACAGGGUUCUGGGGCUGUACCCGCCGCCUCCGGGCCUCGCCGAGAUCCCUCCUGGAGUCCCGUGAGUGGGCCCCGGGUCACCCACAGACACAGCAGACCCAACCCGGCCUGGGGAUCUCGCCCUGGGUCCCUCCCGUGUGGGUGGGUGGCCCCUGGGGAGUGGGUCCUGGUCUGACCAGCGUGCCCUCCCACAGCCUGCCCUCCAAGUUCACUCUGCUGUUCCUCCAAGAGGCGCCCAGCACGGGCUCUGAGGGGCAGCGGGUCGCUCACCCCGGCUCUCAGGAGUCCCCGUCAGAGUCGAAGCCCUUCCUAGCACCCAUGAUCUCCAACCAGAGAGUCACCGGCCCCUCCCACUUCCAGGACGUUCGGCUGAUUGAGUUUGACAUCUCGGGCUCCGGCAUCAGCUUUGCUGCUGGUGAUGUGGUGCUGAUUCAGCCCUCCAACUCGGCUGCCCACGUCCAGCAGUUCUGCCGGGUGCUGGGCCUGGACCCUGACCAGCUCUUCACGCUGCAGCCGCGGGAGCCAGAUGUCUCCUCCCCCACGAGGCUGCCCCAGCCCUGCUCCAUGCGGCACCUCGUGUCCUAUCACCUGGACAUCACCAGCGUGCCUCGUCGCUCCUUCUUCGAACUCCUGGCCUGUCUGUCCCUCCAUGAGCUGGAGCGGGAGAAGCUGCUGGAGUUCAGUUCUGCCCAAGGCCAGGAGGAGCUCUUUGAAUACUGCAACCGGCCCCGCAGGACCAUCCUGGAGGUGCUCUGUGACUUCCCGCACACAGCUGCCGCCAUCCCUCCCGACUACCUGCUAGACCUCAUCCCUGCUAUCCGGCCGAGGGCCUUCUCCAUCGCCUCCUCGCUGCUGACUCACCCCUCACGGCUGCAGAUCCUCGUGGCUGUAGUGCAGUUCCAGACUCGCCUCAAGGAGCCCCGCCGGGGCCUCUGCUCCUCCUGGCUGGCAUCCCUGGACCCUGGGCAAGGACCUGUCCGGGUGCCCCUCUGGGUGCGGCCUGGGAGUCUGGCCUUCCCAGAGACACCAGACACACCUGUGAUCAUGGUGGGGCCUGGUACUGGGGUAGCCCCCUUCCGAGCAGCCAUCCAGGAGCGUGUGGCCCAGGGCCAGACUGGAAACUUCUUGUUUUUUGGCUGCCGCUGGCGGGACCAAGACUUCUAUUGGGAGGCUGAGUGGCAGGAGCUGGAGAAGCGGGACUGUCUGACCCUCGUCCCUGCCUUCUCCCGGGAACAGGAGCAGAAAGUAUAUGUGCAGCACCGGCUCCGGGAGCUGGGGUCGCUCGUGUGGGAACUGCUGGACCGCCAGGGUGCAUACUUCUACCUAGCAGGCAAUGCCAAGUCCAUGCCAGCGGACGUCUCGGAAGCCCUGAUGUCCAUCUUCCAGGAGGAGGGUGGACUCUGCAGCCCGGACGCAGCCGCAUAUCUAGCCAGGCUCCAGCGGACACGGCGCUUCCAGAUCGAGACGUGGGCCUGAGGCCCGCGGCUGCCCGUGCCCCCUCUGAUGGCCAUCCUCCCGGGAGCCCAGGAAGGCAUCCACGAGGGAGCUCCUGGCCAGCAGCUGCCUUCCUCUCGGACCAGCCAGCUGGUGCUCUGGGAACAGCCAGCUCCCGAGCACAGCUGCAUUCCCGUUGACUCUGGAUCCCACCCUUUGAGCCCUGACCCCACUGCAGCCUCUGCCCAGCCAGCCCUGCGCUCCCCACCCUGACAGUGAGCUGCGUCCUCAUCCCCCAACCCCCUUCCCGGUCAAGGUGGUGGCCUGGACCGCUCCACCUCGCCGGUGCAGUGACCCAGGACGGCAUCAGCAGCCCAAUGAGCACCAGGGGUGGCAUAGGGCACCCACGAGGCUGCACUGCACUCCUCUGCCCUGGGGCCACCUCAGCCGCUGCAGCCUGUCGAGCAGCACAUUCCAGUCACUGCCCCUGCACUCCCACGGGGCUCACGCUGGGCUCAGAGGCCACUAAGAUGCCAGCUCCUUGAGAGCAGUGGGGGUGUCCCAGGCCAGAGCAGCUUCUUCCUCUCCUGGUCCCAGAAAAACCCUUACAGUAAAUGGUGGCCUCUGGGUGGCUACUUCUAGCACAGGCUUCCUUCCUUCCUCUAGCUCCUCCCAGUGCCCUGGGUGCUGGGUGCUGGAUGGGUGGGUGCACCCUUGUUGGGCUGCCUGUACCCGAGUGGCCUCUACAGCUCUUCUGUCUGCUUCUAAUGUGAUAUGCGCUCUGACUGCCUCGUUCUCAAGGGCUUAAUGGGUCGGCUAAGAUCUGAUCGCCAGGACUGGGUUCUGGGCAGGUGCUGGGAAGGCGGAGCCAAGCUGUCCGUGCCGCUAGGGAGCCGAGGCUGCCGGAAAGAGGAGCGGUGGGAGGGGGCGUGGUGAUGCAGCCCCGCCCCUGGGAGGGGCUUUAGGCACUGGGAAGGAAAGUCCUGUUGGAGGAGUCCAGUGGCGGUUCACACCCGCCUCGCUGUCCCGGAGUCUCGAUCUGUGGUCGGCGGGUCGCUGGCACAGGACUAAACAUGGCUGAGGCUGGGCUCCAGCCAGAUCUGGCUGGGGAGGGCACCGCGUGGGCCCAGGAUCCACCCAGAGCAGGCCGGCCUUGCUGGGGCCCCAGUAAAGUCCACUUCCAGUGAGGAGAGCCAGCCGGGAGGUCAGUGCCAGAGCCCUGGUGGAGCCCAGACCCUGCUUCCCCUUGAGGGCCACCCCUGUCGCCGCCCUGGGGUCCCUGCCUUCCUAUCCUGACUCCUGCCCCAGGGCCACCACCCCUGAACUGUGCCCUGGGGCCACCACCCUCCACCCGGCCGACUCCAGCUCUGGGCCUGUCAGUCCACCUGGGUCCUCUCUGGGCCCUGAGUGCCUGGACCCUCUGUGCCAAGCACCAGCAAGUGAAGGGGAUGACCUCGGGCACCCCCAAGGUGCCGAGACUACAGCCAGUGAGCCCCUGCUGGGGGCCGUGGCCGUGGAGGGUGCCUGGGCCCUUCCAACCUGGAAGGAGGAGGGGGGAGAGCAGACAGCGGGGCAGGGGGAAGAGGAGUGCCCGAUCUGCACAGAGCCCUACGGGCCUAGAGAGCACCGCCUGGCCCUGCUGAACUGUGGCCACGGCCUGUGUGCAGGCUGCCUGCACAGGCUGCUGGGAUCGGCCCCCAGUGCUGACCUGGGCCAGGUGCGCUGCCCGCUGUGCCGCCAGAAGACGCCCAUGUUGGAGUGGGAGAUCUGCCGGCUGCAGGAGGAGCUGCUACAGGCCGACAGGCCCUCACGCCAGCCCCGCAGAGAGGCCCCUGCACCCCAGCACCGCAACCCUGGGCCCUGGGGCUCCCUGGAGCACCGCUACCAGCUGCGCUUCCUGGCAGGGCCCGUGGGUGGCCGGGGCUGCCUGCCCUUCCUGCCCUGUCCACCCUGCCUGGGUGCCCGGCUCUGGGCUCUGCGGGAGCAGGGACCCUGUGCCCGCCGCCUGGCGCUGCUGAGCCUGCUGGCUCUUGAGCUUCUGGGGCUGCUGCUGGCCUUCACGCCACUCCUGCUGCUGGGACUGCUCUUCAUGCUCCUGGAUCGCUCCGGCCGCUGAGCAGAGCCCAGGACAGCCCUGACGCCAACAGGCCAGGGGGCCCAGACUGGCCCAUGUCCCAAUGCCUGGGUGCUAUGAGGCCUGAUGACCAGGCUGGAAAAACCCAAGGUUGGGUCCAGGGCGGUGGCCUUCAAUCAAGACCUCCCAUUGCUGAACCCACAACCAGGGCUACCCAGAGGCCUGACCCUGCCAGAGUCCAUGGCUGCACUGCUGCCCAGACACUAGCUGAACCCAAGGACACCAGUGCCCAAGGACAGCUCCUGGAGGAGGCCGGCCCAGCAGGAAGGUCUGCGAGCAGGACCCCAUUCACCCUGCGGUAGACGGGCACCGUACCGGCCACGGGCUGACGCUGGCCACACUUCCCCCUCCGAGGGCCAGCCGAGCACAGCAGGCACGAAGGUGAACAGAGAUAUAGCAGUGAGUCAGUUCCUUGGAGAGGGCAGAGACUCCACCCACCCUGUGUUCAGAUAAGGGCCAGCGUGUGUCCCUGAAGGUCAGGCCAGCUGGGGGAGGGGCCCAUGCUGUGAAAAUUCAGCCUGCAAAGGUUCCUCUCCCCACGUGGUCAGGCCCAGACCAGCUGGGGGUUGGCGCUGGCCUGUGUUGCAGGGGACAAGGGCCCACCCAGGCCUUGGAACAUAAGCUCUGCCCCUGCACACCCUCAUGUCGCCACGCCUGGGAUGGAGACAUCGGGUGGCCCAGCGAGAGAUGGAGCACUGAGCCUUGAACAUGAAGCAGCUUUCAAUAAACCAGCUCCUGGGGA